AUGGCGACCGCUACGCUUACUUCGCCUAGCUCAGUUCCCGACCUCACCCCAUCCAAAUCCUCGAAAUCAUCGUCCUUCCAUUCUUCUUCUCACGAUGCCGACAUCAAUGUUAACUUCGCGGAUACCUCCAAUUUUGAAGAAAUCGGUUUGGAAGAUGACUCCGAAAUCCAGCCGUUCCCCGAGCCCUUUCCAUACCCUCACUCUCGUUCCCGAGCCGGCUCUCGAGCUUCCAGCAAAAAUCGUGUCAUUUCGCAUGUUAGUAGCAUGAGUAGCUUGAAAUCUGCAACUCCACCCUCGAAACCUGUCAGAGACUUGACUUCUGGCCAAAGGAGACAAGUUAUGCCACCCUCGUCGAGGAAUAUCCAAGGCAUGUCUGGACAAUACCCAAAGGGUACACUGGAACCGAGGAUGCUAAAGAGUGGCCGUCGAUUGACAGGCGGAAGUGCCUCGACUCCCUCUCUCCCCCGUCCACUUCGAUCUCGCUCGGUAUCCCCAUCUUCUGCCCCUGUUUCAAAUUCUGCGGCCAAGUUUUCGCCAUCUGCUUCCAGCCAGAACCUAUCGCCUAUCGCACCAAGGGCUCUUUCUUCUUCUCGCCGAGGCUCUUUGCAACCGGCACCGGUACGGAAAUCAGUAAAGGAACUGGAGGACGAAUAUCACGACUCGGAUGACGACUUGCCAGACGAUGCUAGCUUGUGGAAUGUUCCCUUAUCGCCGCGCCCGCAGGGAGAACGCCCAGUUUCACGCAGCAACAGUCUCGAUCAAGAAACCAACCCCAAGCCUAUACCCUUGUCACAUGCUGUGUCGCAGGAUGAAGUGGCCCCACGGUCGAAAUCGCGGACCUCUUCUCGGCAUUCUCCUGGCGCAAAGUCACGGCUUCAAUUCCAUCGUUCUUCGUCUGCAGGCCCCGAACGAGGCCAGAUAUCACCGCGAAAUCCACGCACUUACUCGUACAAUCUAGCCAUGGCUGAACUGUCGGAGGAAGCAAAGGUGUUGACCCAAACACUGGAGUACCAUGCCGAUGAUGCCGACCGCAAGCGCGAGGAAAGAGUCCAGAAUGGACUUGCUUCUGAACGAUCAAGUGUGGAAUCAAAACGGACAUCUGGUGUAAUGACAGAUCUGCCGCCGUUGCAGAAAUCCAACAUCAUGAUUGAUCCGUUACCUGUCAGCAAAGAGAAAGAGAAGGUCCUGAGUCGUACACGCCCUAGCUGGUUACCGCCAAAAGAUCCUUUGGAAGAAAAGAAACACUUGAAAGAGUACAAGAAGAUGAUGGCCUUGGCCAAGGAGGCAGAAAAGAAGAAGGCCGCUAAAGCUGCCGCUGAGCAGUGUGAAAAGGAUAAUACCAGGGAAACUCUGCAGCGGAUAUGGGAAGACCACGUUUUACCGCAUUGGAACGAAGCUAUUUCCGAGCCACGAACGCGAGAGUUGUGGUGGCGAGGCGUCACACCUCGGUGCCGUGGGGCUGUGUGGCAACGGGCCAUUAGCAAUGAGCUGUCUUUAACCACAGAAUCGUAUCAAAAAGCCCUCCAGCGGGCUAAGGAUGCCAAAUCUCGAGGCGAUGAAGGCGCUGGUGAUACCAGUCGAAGGAUGCGAGAAUGGUUCGCAGCCAUAUCUCGAGAUGUGUCGUCUGCAUUUCCUGAACUCCAUCUCUUCCAAGAAGGUGGUCCGCUCCGGGACACCCUAAUUGAUGUGUUGGAGGCAUAUGCCAUGUAUCGCAGUGAUGUAGGGUACACCUAUGGUCUUCACACUAUUGCUGCCCUCCUUGUUCUCCAACUCCCCACAUCCGCUUCCGCUUUCAUUGUCAUGGCCAAUGCGCUUAACCGUCCACUUCCUCUUGCAUUCCUUACCCACGACCGCAGCGCCAUAGCCCGAACAUACGGUCUCGCUUCUGCUACACUACGAUAUAAAUUCCCUCGUCUCUAUAGCCACUUAUACGAAACAGCCCAACUAAACGAUGAAGAUAUCUGGGGACCCAUGUUCCGAUCGCUAUUCACCAACGGUCUUGAUCUCGAACAUCUAAGCCGCGUAUGGGACUGUUGGGCCUUUGAAGGUGAUCGCAUUAUUAUCCGUGCUGGAGUAGCCAUUUUGGGCUGUCUUCAGGCCCAACUACUAGGUCUUAAAGCAACGGAUGCCAAGUCCUGUGAAGAGAUAAAACACGUCAUAGGCUGGGGCCCCCAUGACCUGGGCACGAUUUUGAGGGACGGCAAGACUCGCCAUAGCUCGCCAACGCCGAUCAUGGGAUUUGGUGGCGGUCAAUUUGCCAACGCCGGCGUUGGACAUUAUUGGAUUCUGAGUGUGGCUGGCAAUGAGGAUAGUUUCAUGAAUGAAGUACGAGAGGCUGGUAAAGUUCAGUCAUGA